UUUAUUCACACUUUCCGUUGGAGGUGAGCGACGCCACGCCAAUCCGAUGCAAAAAAAGAGAGAUUCGCAUUCCACAAGUAGAACGACCCCAAAUUCCAAUCGUUUCGAAGAAGUUUGUCCCCUUUUAUUACGGCUCCCCCCCCUCUCUCUCUCUCUCGUUCGAAUCGAGUCAAAUUGGGAACUCAGGACUGCUAUGAACUUCCUCAGUACAAGCCAUAAGAAGGCAGCAACCUACCUUUUUUGCACAUAAUAUUGAGGUCUUUCCUUCUAUACUUCCCUGUGGAUGAUAAGUUGGAGUUGUCAACGCAGAGAGAUCUGUAGACUUAAAUACAUAUUGACUCCAUUUUGUGCAUAGCUAUCACCAAUGGGGUGGGGAAACAUCUACAGAAGACGCAUGAGAGUAUUCACAGUGGCUUUAGUAAUAUACCUAGAUUAUAAGGCUUUACAGCAAAGAGAGAAAUGGACUAGCAGAGCUAAGAAAUCUACUUUAUGGGAAAAAGCUCAUGAGCGCAAUGCUAAGCGUGUUCUCAGUUUGAUAAUACAGUUGGAAGGUUUGUGGGUGAAACUCGGACAGUAUUUAUCCACUCGUGCGGAUGUGCUUCCUGAGGCAUAUACAUGCCUUCUCAAGCAGCUACAGGACUCUCUUCCUGCACGUCCCUUGCAAGAGGUUUGUAGGACUAUAGAGAAAGAGUUGGGGGAAUCAAUGAAUGAUCUGUUCUCAGAUUUUGUUAAAACUCCUUUGGCAACAGCAUCAAUAGCACAAGUCCAUCGUGCAACUCUGCUUAACGGGCAGGAAGUGGUUGUUAAAGUUCAGCAUGAGGGCAUCAAGAGAAUCAUAUUGGAGGACUUGAAGAAUGCAAAGUCAAUUGUUGACUGGAUAGCUUGGGCAGAGCCACAGUACGACUUUAGUCCUAUGAUAAAUGAAUGGUGCAAAGAAGCUCCCAAAGAACUUGACUUCAAUCGGGAAGCUGAAAAUACUCGUGCAGUAUCUAGAAAUCUUGGCUGCAAAAAUAGUAGACAUGAUGAUAACACGAAUGCCAAUCAAGUGGAUGUUUUAAUUCCAGAAGUUAUUGAGUCAACAGAGAAAGUCCUUAUUUUAGAGUACAUGGAUGGCAUUCGUUUGAAUGACUUGGAGUCACUGGAAGCUUUUGGUGUUGACAAGCAAAAGCUUGUAGAAGAAAUUACACGUGCAUAUGCCCACCAAAUUUAUGUUGAUGGAUUUUUUAAUGGUGACCCUCAUCCUGGAAAUUUUCUUGUGAGCAAGGAGCCUCCUCAUCGUCCAAUUUUGCUCGACUUUGGGCUUACGAAAGCUCUAUCAAGCUCUAUCAAGCAAGCACUGGCAAAGAUGUUUCUGGCAUCUGCAGAGGGGGACCACGUGGCACUUUUGUCUGCUUUCGCAGAAAUGGGACUUAAGUUGCGGCUGGACAUGCCAGAACAGGCAAUGGAGGUAACAACUGUAUUCUUUCGUACUUCGACGCCAGCAAGAGAAUCUCUUGAAACCAUGAAAUCAUUGUCAGAGCAAAGAACAAAAAACAUGAAGGUUAUACAAGAAAAGAUGAAACUCAACCAAAAAGAGGUUAAACGCUUUAAUCCUGUUGAUGCAUUUCCUGGGGAUAUCGUAAUCUUUUCACGGGUCCUUAAUCUUCUAAGAGGGCUUUCUGCUACGAUGAAUGUUAGCAUCGUAUAUCUAGAUAUCAUGAGGCCAUUUGCAGAAUCAGUUUUGAAAGGAAAUAUUAAUAGGGGACCUGCAGUUAAUGAUCGGUGGAUGUAUGACACACCUGUGCAUUCUGAUGUGGAGGCCAAGUUAAGGCAGCUCCUAGUUGAGCUGGGGAAUGGUGAUAAAAUACUUGGAAUCCAGGUAUGUGCCUACAAAGAUGGAGAGGUUAUCAUUGACACUGCUGCUGGAGUGCUUGGUAGAUAUGAUCCUCGUCCAGUCCAGCCUGAUAGCCUUUUUCCAGUUUUUUCUGUGACAAAGGGCAUCACAGCGGGAAUGUUACAUUGGCUGGUCGACAAUGAGAAGCUGGAGCUCGAGGAAAAUGUAUCAAGUAUUUGGCGAGAAUUUGGAUCAAAUAGGAAAGAUCUCAUCAAGGUCCAUCAUGUGCUUAACCAUACAUCUGGUCUUCACAAUGCUUUAGCCGACAUUACUAGAGAAAAUCCUCUACUAAUGUCAGACUGGGAUGAAUGUUUGAAUCGUAUUGCUAUGUCAGUACCUGAAACCGAACCUGGCCAGCAGCAAUUGUAUCACUAUCUGUCUUUUGGCUGGUUAUGUGGUGGCAUUAUUGAGCAUGCAUCUGGGAAAAAAUUCCAGGAGAUUCUUGAGGAAGCGUUCAUUCAUCCGCUCCAAAUUGAAGGCGAGCUAUAUAUUGGAAUUCCUCCAGGUGUGGAAUCUCGACUUGCAACACUCACACCAGAUACGGAUGAUCUGCAAAAGCUCUCAGGGAUCAGCAGUCGUCCUGACAUGCCCUCCACAUUCGAUAUUUCCAAAAUGGCAACCACCCUGCCCUCUCUAUUUAACAUGCUCAACGUUCGUCGUGCCAUCUUACCUGCUGCUAAUGGACAUUGCUCAGCCCGUGCUCUUGCACGUUACUAUGCAGCCCUAGCUGAUGCUGGUGUGGUUCCGCAACCUCAUUCCUCUUCUUCCAAGCCUCCACUUGGCAGCCAUCCCCAUAUCCCCAAAUUUUCUUCUGAAAAUGCCUUGAAAAAGCAAAAAGGUAGCAAAACUAAGGAGCAACCUGCUGCUUCAAUGAAGAGAGCUAAUGAAUAUGAGCAGAAACCGGAUUACAAUGAUGUUAGCCAUAUUAGCAAUGCCAACAGCAAUGGUUGUACGAGGCUUGUCGAUGAUAGUAGUAGUAGCAAUAGCAAUAGUAUCAGUGUGACUGACAGAAUUGAAAAUAGUAAUCUUCAAAAGGGUACUGCAAGUAGAAUUUUUAGCAACCCUAGAAUUCAUGAUGUAUUCUUGGGUGUUGGUGAAUAUGAGAACUUGGUUUUGCCAAAUGGGAAAUUCGGCUUAGGGUUUAGGAGGUUUAAUUCAAAGGAAGGGUCCCUUAUUGGCUUUGGGCAUUCAGGAAUGGGCGGAUCAACAGGCUUUGCUGACAUGAAUAAUAGGUUUGCUAUUGCUGUGACUCUGAACAAAAUGUCUUUUGGCGGUGUAACUGGAAAAAUCAUCCAGUUAGUUUGUUCGGAGUUGAAUAUCCCAGUGCCGGAGGAAUUCUCGAGAUUCGGUGAGAGCGGACCCGAUGCACAGCUAAAUAUUGGGAGACCUUUGAUUAAUUAAGGAUGAGAAAACUUUUUCCCAAUAUAUAUAUAUUUAUCUUCACAUUCAAACUGAUCUGGAAAGGUUUUUCCUGCCCAUUGCUACUCCAAAGGAAAUUGUAGAUGUCACAGUUCUUAAUUGAUACAAUAUAUACAUAUAUACACUGGAUUCAAGAAAAUGAAAAGAAUGUGUACAUCA